GCCUGUAGGAGUAGGUGACCGUCACUGAGACCGGUUCAGCUGUUUAAGGACCCAGUGCGCAGCUUUGGGAAAGUCAUAAAUCCAGGCGAGUAAAUAUAUCCGCUUAAGUAAUAUGGCUUCUGUCACAGGAGUUGUUGUUCCUCUUCUGGUAAAUGUCGCGUCGGGCGCUGUCUGUUGACCGACUUACCGGAGCGCUCAGAAUUAAGUUUCACAUGGUGCACUUUAUCCUGAAGGAGCAACGCGCGCUACGGGAAUCAGAAAUGAAAGCUGGGCCGAUACUAUUAUGCGCAUUUUGCUUUAGGGAGUAUUUCAGAUGGCUUGAUACACGAUUCUUUUUUUGCUUUUGAUCUUUGGUUGCCACAGAUAACAGCGCGCUCGGACGGACUUUGGUUAUCUUUACGCGUAUUUUACUUUCGGAUAGGCGACUGAAGCUCCGAGCCAGGAACACUUGGGAGUCCGGAGAGCACAGCGGGACAACACCAUGACCAUCUGCUGGCUUGCCUUGGUCGGAUUGUGGUGGAGCGCUUAUUACUGCAUGUUCACAGUCGCGGGGAGUAAUUAUUCACUGGAUGGAAACAACGACGUUCAACCAGGUUUCAUCCACCGGCGGCUGCGGACGCACGAGAAAAGGGAGAUGCAGAAGGAGAUCCUGUCCAUCUUGGGGCUGCCGCACAGACCGAGACCGCAUUUGUCAAACGGAAAGUACAACUCCGCUCCACUUUUCAUGCUGGACUUAUACAACACUAUAUCCAGCGAGGAGAAAAGCCAAGUGGAAAGCAGGCUGGAGCGAUACGAGGCCACGCGGACGACCCAGAGCCCUCCCCUGGCGACAUAUCAAGAAACUGCCUUUCUAAACGAUGCAGAUAUGGUGAUGAGCUUCGUUAAUUUAGUGGAGUACGACAGGGAGCUCUCUCCACAGAGGCGUCACCACAAGGAGUUUAAGUUCAACCUCUCGCAGAUCCCAGAGGGCGAGGCCAUCACCGCGGCCGAGUUUCGCCUCUACAAGGAGUGCGUGAGCCGUGCCUUCCGCAACGAAACCUUCCUGCUCAAAGUCUACCAGGUGGUCAAGGAGCACCCUGACAGAGAGGCAGAUCUGUUCCUGCUGGAGUCUCGCAGGUUGUGGGCGGCUGAAGAGGGCUGGCUGGAGUUCGACAUCACUGCCACGAGCAACCUGUGGGUGAUGAGUCCUGUGCACAACCUGGGUCUGCAGGUCAGCGUGGAGACCAGCAGUGGACAGAGCGUCAGCUCUAAGGACGCGGGGCUCGUAGGACGAGACGGUGCACUGGAGAAGCAGCCUUUCAUGGUGGCGUUCUUUAAAGUCAGUGAAGUGCACAUCCGCACCGCCCGGUCUGCUGGUGGAAAACGCCGCCAGCAGAACCGCAAUCGAUCCACGCAGCCGCAAGAGGGAUCCAGAGGGCCGGGCCCAACAGAUUACAACAGCAGCGAUCAGAAGACGGCGUGCAGGAGACACGAGCUGUACGUCAGCUUCCGAGAGCUGGGCUGGCAGGACUGGAUCAUCGCUCCUGACGGCUACGCGGCCAACUACUGUGAUGGAGAGUGCUCCUUCCCCCUUAAUGCCCACAUGAAUGCCACCAACCACGCCAUUGUGCAGACGCUGGUGCACCUGAUGAACCCCGAGAACGUGCCGAAGCCGUGCUGCGCCCCCACCAAGCUGCACGCCAUUUCAGUGCUCUAUUUCGACGACAACUCCAAUGUCAUCUUAAAGAAAUACAAGAACAUGGUGGUACGGGCCUGCGGCUGCCACUGACGAGGACCGGCGGCGCUUCAUUGAAAGUUGGGUGACGUUGACCUCAGGUAGACACCAGAUUCCCGCCCAAAUCUUCAACACGCAAGGAACGUCCAGCCUGAAAGAUCGUUCUAGUCCAGUAAUUGUUCACCUGCGAACAUAUCAAAUAACAAGUCACCGUUGCAAAUAAUGAUGCUAUAUGGGCAUCAUCCAUAGGCAACUUCACCCUGUUCCAGUCUUGAGCCACCAAGUUGUCUACCCCCCUUUCUGUUAGCUGUGGACUGGGGUCUUCACUUCAUGGGUCUGCAACUGAGUGAAUGACUGUGUGUGUGGAGAGGAGGGAGCGUUUAAGUUUGUAUAUUAUGUGUUUACUGAAGUGUGUGUAUAUGAAUGCCUGAGAGGCUACUGCACCUUCUCCCUCUCCCGAGAAGGUGAAACUGAACUGUUGUGGGACCAGUCAAGAGUGCUGCUUUCUUUCCCGUUUUCCCUCUGACAUAAAAAAAAAAAAAAAAGCAAGGUGCAUCAGUUCUCACAGGAGGCUCAAAUAGUUACUAACAAACAGCUUUCCUACAGCGCGACACUGUAGGGCUAACAAAUUUCUAAAUGAUGUGAAUCGGAUGGGGAAACACAAGCUUGACUUUCUUUUUUCUGUGCAAAUGUUGUUAACCAAAACAAUCUAAUACUGAGUGAUACAUCAGAGUCAGCACACUCACAGUUCCUUCCUCCCUUCUGCUGUUUUUUCUUCUCGAGCCAUAUUUGCCUUCCCAAAAAUAUAAUAUGGACUGAACCAAAGUGACCGCAGGCUAUUUUAGCAGUGGACCGCUCCAAAUACCCCCCCUCCCCCAUGUCAAUAUUUGCCAGGCUCUAGCUGAGCUGCGAUUCACCAGGCUGGUUCAACGUGAUGCAUGUUGUGGCUGAACUUAUGUUUUUCUCCAAAGAACCGAAGAAUACAGCCUUAUCCCUCGGACAUACCACAAACGGCCAUUUCCAUGUUGCUGCACUCGCAAAGUUAACAAACGCUUCCACUCCUGACAGCCCAUCAAGAAACAGUGGAAAAACAUUUAGCUUUCAAAAA